GGCGCAGCGCGGCCGUGGUGGGCGGAGCCGGCCGGGAUGAGUGGCGGAGGGACGGAGACCCCAGUGGGUUGUGAGGCCGCCCCGGGCGGCGGCGUCAAGAAGAGGGAGUCUUUGGGGACCGCAGGCUCGCCAGCGCACCUCAUUAUCAAGGAUCUUGGAGAAAUUCAUUCAAGGCUUUUAGAUCACAGACCAGUUAUUCAAGGUGAAACCCGUUAUUUUGUGAAAGAAUUUGAAGAAAAACGUGGUCUUCGGGAAAUGAGAGUUCUUGAAAAUUUGAAGAACAUGAUCCAUGAAACAAAUGAACAUGCUCUUCCCAGAUGUAAAGAGACGAUGCAGGACAGCUUAAACCAAGUUCUCCAAAGAUUGCAAGCAGCUAAUCACUCGGUCUGUAGACUCCAACAGAAGGAGCAGGAACAAAAAAAGCUGCAGCCCUUGGACAAGUCCCUGAGUUCCAGGCACCUCAUCUACAAAAUAAAUGCCUGUUCUGCUUGCUGGCUUGACAGGGGAGUCUCAGACUACAUACGUAUACAAGACAUAGAGAUUCAUAAUGACCAUUUACUAGCUAGUGAAAACCAGCAUGUAACCCAGUGGGAGGAUUUCAUGAGAGAACAGCAUAACAAGCAGGCUGAAGUGGACGAAGAGCACAGAAAAGCCAUGGAGAGGCUUAAAGAACAAUAUGCUGAGAUGGAGAAGGACCUAGCCAAAUUUUCCACCUUCUAAGAACUUGAACCUCAACAAUAACAAACUAAUGAGAAAACAUUGACUCUUCCCCCCCAAAAUAUUCCUACCAAACCAGUCAGCCUCUGUUCAAGCUUAGCAAUAUAUUCAAUGGCACUCUUAUAUCAGAAGAAAGAAACGUAUGCUGGAGUCCCAAUUAAACAUUUUAUAGAAGCAGAGUGCUAUAUCUUUUCAGUUUCAGGUGCCUACAUAUGAUUAUUCGAAUAGGCAGUAAGGGAGGAAAAGUGGGAUAAAUUUACUUUUUGUUAAUCAGAAUUGUUCUUUUUUUCCAUUGAUUAGGUCAGAGAAUUUUAAGUAUAGACUUCUUAGAAAAAUAAUUUAAUUCUUAUACAGAAUUAAGGAGCUCUGGUGGCACAGUGGUUAAAGCACUCAGCUGCUAACUGAAAGGUCAGAGGUUCAAACCCACCAGCUGCUCCUCCAAAGACAGGUGUGGAAGAAAGAUGUGGCAUUCUUCAUCCGUAAAGAUUUACAACCUUGGAAACCCUAUGCGGCAGCUCUACUCUGUCCUGUAGGGUCACUAUGAGCUGGAAUUGACUGUACAGCAGUGGGUUAGGGUUAUACAGGAUGAAUAUUAGUUUGUUGUUGUGGUUUAAAAGGCAAUAUAAUAGAUGCCUGCCAUAGCUUCCCAGGCUAUAGGAAAACAUAUAAAGUGUUAUUUCAUGAACAGUGUAGACAAAAACAACUGUCCUUGGAGCAAAGAUUAUAUUUAAGGAAAUGAGAGUCAAAACAGUGUCUCAGCCACAGCAAGGUGGCCAUGUUGGUCUUUGAACUGCCCAGCAGCAUAAUGCCAUUUGUCUCAUUGAAUGACAAGAAGACACGUUUGCUAAGUGUUGUGGCCUUCCAGCACUUAAUAUUUUCACUUUUAGCCUUCCCAAGUACCAUAAUCUUGCCCAUGGUAUUUACCUCAUUUUUGUGUCUGUUUUGAUGCGGGUAAGCUUUAUAAGUUAAUAAUGUCUAUAUAUGUUUCAACUGUUCAAUGAGUAAUCAGCAAACUCUGCCAAGGGUCCCUCUGGAACCAUAUAAAGAUUUUGGCUCUGAAUGAACCAGAAGUGUUUGCUCACAUGGCAAAUGAUCCAUGUUAAAUGUAAAUCCUUUUUUAGUGUUAAUGUCUGUUCUCAUAAGCAGGUGUAUUAUGGUGAAACGUACCAAUUCUGUCAUCACCGUGAUCUUUAAAAAUCUGCAUUUAGCUAUCUAGCAGAAGAACUAAGUUGGCUUUUUUAAUUUGCCAUAAACUAAGCAAAAUUUCAACAGACAUCUGGCAAAUGAAUUUGAAGUAUGGAUAAAUCUUUCUGAUAUUUUUUAUUGUCCUGCAGUAAAGAAAGAGGCAAGGAAGAAUGUAUCCAACUUUCCUGUGUUAUCUCAAUGUUCCGACUGCAGAAAAUUAACAAUGCUUGCCUGUGUAAAUGUGUGGCUUACUGUCAAAGCUUCAUUCUUGGCUGCACGUCGAAAAUGUGAUUAAAGUUAAUAGAGGAGAUGAAAUAAGUAUUUGAGAUUUCUUUCAGUAACACUGAACUUCUGCCAACUUUCUCUAUCCGCUACUGUAGGCUUGACAGGUUCAUCAAUCAUCCUCUGGUACCUGGACUGAAAAAGAGCACUUGCUGACACCAAGACAUGUUGGAAUUUUCUUAAUUCUCUUUCAGUCGGUGGAAAAAAAAAAAAAAGCUUCCAAAAAUAUCCCACACAUGAAAAGGGAGGGGAAACUUAGAUGAAAAUUCCCUUUGUAUCAUAGGCAGUUUUUGGAAUGCAUUAAUUGCUAAUGUACCAUUGAACAUAUGUGGUAGCCAGGAAAGCAAGACUGUGGUUGAACAGGAAUAUACUAUUAAUUGGCACUACUCAACUUGGCCUGCAAAGAUUUCUGAUUGUUUUUGUUCAUCUCAUAUAAGUCAUAAAUACUUUACCUUAUAAGUUUGCAUAUGUUAUAUAAGUAAGGGACUUCCUAAACCUAAAUGAAUUGAUGGACUUUUUGAACUUUAGAGAUUAAGAUACUAAAUUCCUUUUUUGUAACUUGGUUAUUCAAUGCAGCUUCUAAAAGAGUUGGUCAGUUCAUCUUCCUUUUGAUUUUUUUAUGGUGAACAGUUUUACUUUUGUUCCCUAGCUUACAAAUCACUUUUGAUAGGUAUUUUAUUUAUACAUAGAAAUUAAAUUUAGUAAUUAAAUAACUUGUAACAUUUCUGCUAUGUUUAUGGUAUUAAGCGUAGUAAUAUGAGUUGUAUGUCACUCAGUAUUCAAAUGAAAUAAUCAAAUGUUUUAUAAUUUUAAUGUUCUAUUGAAAUGUUUUCAUUAUGAUUUUUUACUUGUGUGUGUGUGGUUUUUUUUGUUUGUUUCUAAAUGUGUAGAUUUUAAAAUUCUGUUCUUACUGAUUUCUGUGUUAAUUGGAUGUGGUCAAAGGAAUGAGGCUUAUGUGAAACUAUAAUACGUUGAAAUUUGUUUUCUGAACUAGAACAUGUCAGUUUUUGUAAAUGUUUCAUGAAUGCUUGGAAAGUAUGUGUAUGUUCUAGUUGUUUGGUGUUAACUGUAAACUUGUUAAGUGUGUUGUUCAAAUUGUCUAUGUUUUAAUAUUCUUUCUUCUACUUGAUCUAUCAGAUUCCAAGACGUGUUAAAAUUUCUCACUCUAGUAAACUUGUUAAUUUCUCCCUGUAAUUCUGUCAGUUUUUGCUUUAUAUAUUUUGCAACUUUGUUACUAGCUGCAUACAUUUUUAGAAUUGUUUGUCUUCCUAGAGAAUUGAAUUAUAUUUAUAGUUGUAACCUUCAUGUCUAGUAAUGUUUUCAUUUUCCUUUGUGCUGCUUUAAGAACUUAUAUUCUAUUAUGUUCAUAUAGGCCACAAAAGCUGGUUAGUACUCGUGUGAGGCUUUUUUAUCCUUUUAUUAGAACUUUAUGUUUCAGGUGCGCCUCUUGGAAACUGUAACUAGAUUUCUUUUUUUUCCUAUCUGAUUACCUUUUAACUGGAGAGUGUAACUCAUUCACAUUGAGAUAUAUAUAUUAGGGCUUAUUUCUACCAUCUUGUUUUGUGCUUUUUAUCCCACCUUUUCUGUUUCUUCCCUUUCUUUCUUAUCUUUUUUCAUAUUGGUGAGUUUUAUUUUGUUUUGUAUUUCCAUUUACUUUUUCAAAAGGUAAACAAUUGUUAUGAAUUGAAUAGUGUCCCUCCCCCAAAAAUGUGUGUCAACUUGGCUAGUCCAUGAUUCCCAGUAUUAUGUGAUUGUCCACCACUUUGUCAUCUGAUGUGCUUUUCCUAUGUGUUGUAAAUCCUACCUCUAUGAUGUUAAUGAGGCAGGACCCAAUCUACAAGAUUAAGUUGUAUCUUAAGUCAAUCUCUUUUGAGACAUAAAAGAGAAAACCAAGCAGAGAAACAGGGGGACCUCAUUGCCACCAAUCAAGAAGAGCUGGGAGUAUGCCUCCUUUGGACCUGGGGUCCCUGCACUGGGAAGCUCGUGGACCAUGGGAAGAUUGAUGACAAGGACCUUCCUCCAGAGCUGACAGAGAAAGAAAGCCUUCCCCUGGAGCUGACGCCUGAAUUCAGCCUUUUAGCCUACUAGACUGUGAGAGAAUAAAUUUCUCUUUGUUAAAGCCG